CGGAGAGAGCUCGUUUUUAUUGUGUGUGUGUGGUAGGUGGUCCAACAGGCAGCUGUGGGUUCAGUUAAGGUAAAGCAGGUCGAACACAUGUUUAAUUGUGUCGCCGCUGGGCUGUCCUCCCACAGUGUUGUUCAUACUUACAGGAUUGAGUGACAGCGUGCGGACACUGGUUAUGUUUUUUUCACUUUUUCGGAUCGUUUCUGGGAUCGGCGACGUCAAGCUAGGAAAAAUUUAGCCACUAUAAUUUCAAAACAAAAGUGUCGCGAUUUGUCCGGUUGGAUAAAAGUAUAGAACAUAAUGCAGGGUGAGAUGCUUGGGGCAAUUUAGAAAUGAUGUUGGCACAUAGUUUUUCCCAGGUGAGUGACUGUCUGCAGCACAUGUAGCAGAGUACACAUCACAGCUGAGCAGACAGUGGUGUGGGGUCAAGCAGGUAAGCUGCAGACUUGUGUGUGAAAUGUGUUGUUGGAAAGUUAGAAAACCAGAAACCCAUUUUUCUUUACCUUCCUAAUAUAAUUAUAUAUAUUUGUGUGCUGAUACAUGGUACAGUUGAGUCCUAAUUGAAUAACAAGAUCAGAUAUUUAGGACAUGCUCGUAUGUAAUUCUGUUAUCUGGCCUAUAAUCUUGAACUAUUAUUUACACAUAUAUUGCACUGUCAGCAAGAGUCUUACAAACAAAUGUGUUUUUAUUUAUUUAGUAAAGAUCCCUCAACUAACAUUCAUGUCUGUUUGCUGGGAUUUCUCACAGGCCUUUGGCAGAAAUUAGUGUUGUUUGCACCAUGGAGUACUGUGGUGCAAACAACAUUACAUUUUGUUUGUAGACUAACUCCAAAGGCAUUGGGCUUUAUACAGUUAGAGACAAUUUUUGUAAUUUUCCCUCUGUACAAAUUUGUUAUAAAUCAAACUGUCAAAAGUGGUUGAAGUAAGCUGAAGACAUACAAAAAUUAAAUACAAUUUGCAUUUACUAUUUAGGAAUUAAAACUAUAACAAGAGGCUUACAAAUAAUUUGACAAACAAUUUUAAAUAUAAGAAUUAUUAUUAAUGUUAUUUAUUUACCAAAGUCUUUUACACUAAAUGACUACCUGAAGUCUAGAACCCAUGGACAUCACCAAAUGCUGUUUCCUUCAUUGAGAUGCUCUUGCAGGCCUUUACUGCAGCCAUUUUCAGCCACUGCUUGUUUGGCUGCCUUUCUGUAUUCAGUUUUGCAUUAAAUGAUCGAACAUUGCUUUGUUGAGCUGAGCUCAAGUGACAGACUUGGCUACUGAAGAAAAUAUUUCAUUGCCAUUAGAAACUGUUGAGUUGCUUUUGCAGUAGGCUUUGGGUCCAUAUCCAUUUGCACUGUGAGGCGCAGAAUCUGAACAGACAUUUCCUCUUGCUACUUCUAUCAGCAAACAUCUUAUCAAGAAAUCCUAUUGACCCAGUUCCACUGGAAUGAUGCUCCCUCCACCAUAUUUGACAGAGGAUGUUUUGGUUCAUGGACUGUUUUUGUCUUUGAGAAUACUUUUCUCAACAUUGUGGUGCAGAUUAACUUUGGUAUAUUCUUGUAAAUCUUAUCUGGUUUUUCUGUUCUUGAGUGUAAUCAGCUCUGUAUUUCCAUUCUUGAAUUUGUCUUUUGAUCAUUAUCUUGACAAUGAUUGCCUCACCUAUUUCCUCUGUUCUUCACCUGGUUAGAUGUUGUCAAGUUGUUUUUCUCAACCAAGGAAAUUCUGUCAUUGUGGACUUUAGUCAUCUUCUUUUAGCCUUAGUUGUCUUCUGACCCGUGGGAGAAUCUACCAAAUUGUUGGUAAACAUUUUUUGCUAUCCUUUUAAUAGUUUUUUUUAUUUGAUUUCAUUUUUUCCAGCCUCACUUGCAACACUCUCUCUUUGGGCCUUCAUUCCAGUGAAAGGACACCCCGUGAAAUACAGCUCUUGCAAUUAACCGUGGACCUUUUUAUCUGUUUAAUUUCUCAAAGGAAAAAAAAAACACAGGGCUGGGACUCACCUGGCAUCAGGGAUUUGUCCAAUUACAUCUGAGCCUCUGAAUGUGAAUUUGUGCAACAUUUUGUUAAAGUUGAGUCUGUGCUUCAAUCACACCUUGAUUGGUUUAUGGUUAGUUCUACAAAAGUAUCUGUCUAACUGUGUCUUUGUGAGUGAUGUUAGGACCAUCUGUUCAACUCUGUGGUUAACCAUGCAUCAAAUGAAACAGAGUAUUACAUUUUACCAAUUAAACUGAAACAAUUACCCUCCUAUAGUAUGAAGUAUGAGGAUAUUGUUGUUUAUUUGUGGAUUAUAUGUAUGGUAAACCUGUUUAGGGUUGCUGUAUUCUACAUUUUAGCACAGAGGAGCUAUCUAAAUUUCUUGGAUUUUCUUGAUAGGGUCCAGUAUGCCAAAGGAACAGCCUUCAUUCGAUCAGCACAGCCCUUGUGCUGCACCCAGCAAGAAAGUUAAAGAUAAGAGCAACAAUACAGCUCUACUGGCUAUACGUGACACUAAAGACAAAGAUGACUCAAGCAGGAGGGGCUCCCACUGCAGCUCCGAGAAGGACUCUGGCUUCUCUGAUGGUUCAGACUGGCAACAGGCAGAUGUGGAGGACCAGGAAAGAAACAAAAGCCAGUUCAGAGCCAGUGAACAUGCAGAAACGUCACAAAACCAAGAACGUAUGCAAAGGAAUCUUGGAAAGCAUUCUGUGAUGCCUGAUGGUCAUAACCAGCCACCCGUUUAUAUGAUCAAGGACACGAUGCUUAAGCAGUCAGAUGUGACCCAGAAAAGAGGCCAGCUUCUCUGGAGAAACAGCAUCACUGACAUCAACCAGGGUUCUCGUCAAAUGAUCCUUCUCCAGCAGCCAGGAUUGUUGCCUGCCACCUUCCAGCUAUCAAAGCCCUUGUCCCGAAAGUUUAAUGUCUCAGAAAGGAAAACGCCUGGUUCCUACUUACCCAUUCUGAACUCCUAUCCACGCAUAGCGCCACAUCCCAGCAAGAAGCCACCUGAUAAAUCUUCAUCAAUCCACGAAUCCCAGAGUCUCAGCAAGAGGGUGUUCUCAGAACAAAAGAGUGAUGGCCCGUCUGUGACCCGAAAUCUGCCAGAGCAGCACCUUCAUAAACAACCUAAGUUGGCACUCUCAACCGCUGGCAUGCCGUGUUCUUCUCCACCCCAAGAUCAACUGUCUGCCCCAAGUCCCACCCCUACUUCCAUGAGCCAGAGAUCCCCAUCUGUAUCCAGUCAGGACACCAGCUACUCAUUAUUCACAACCAGUUCAGUUGGACUUAACCAAGAUGCCACUAGUAUUCACCACCGACGUUUUCUCAACACAGUAAAAAUCCUCAGACAGUCCGGUCUGCUGGACAUUACAUUGCGCACAAAGGAGUUGAUGCGUCAGAGCAAUGCCACAGAGUGGGACCUUUCCCAGCUGCGGCAGCACACAGAGCUGCUGUGCCAGGCUGCCAGCAACCCCAGCCUCAACCUAAAUGGUAUCACUAUUUGGGAGCACCUCCAUCAAGCUAUGGCUGAGUCAGGAAAUUAUCCCAACCUUAAAAUCCUGCAGAAUAUCCAAAUCUCAACUGUGCCAGGUUCUACCAGUCCAUCAGAAAGCAUUUCCAAAGGGGACACCAACAGGCCACAAGCUGCCGAGACCACACAAGCCCUGCCAACGUGCCUCCUCAGCACCAUGCCAGAGCAGCACUGUGUUGCACAACAGCAGCCACAGUCAAAACAAGACAGGAAGCUCAAGGCCAGUGAGACAUCCUUAGACAAAGCCAGCUUUACACCUCCUGACAGUUCUACUGGUUAGCCCAGUCUGCAGUGCCUUUUGAAUGGUGAGUUUUUAGUUGUGGACAUUUAGUUUUAUGAAUAUUUUAAACCCAGUGUUACAGGAGAAAUGCAGAAAAUCUCUGUAGGUCCACGGAUAUCAAACAAAGACACAGCUUUAGUCCUUACUGUGCAUGUCACAGUUUUCGGACCUAAUUAAUGGCUUAAUGCACUUGAGUGCAAUCAAAUCCAGAGUCGCCAUCUGAUGACAGAUGAUGGUACGAUGUCUGCUUGAGAUGCACUUAAAGAAGAGAAAAAACGCGUUUCCCUGGGAGAAGGGAAGGAGAGUGGCACUUCAUGCAGUGGUGACAUCUGCAGUAUAUAUUAUCAAGUUUGGUUGUUUUGCGUCGUUUCAAUCCAACCACAUUCAGGGAAAGAUGAAUUAAAAACAGUUCUUUUAUACCUGUAUCACCAACAUCAGGGUGAUUAUUCUGUGCCUUUGAUAGCACAGCUGAAGCUAAAGACUCUCAAAAUAUAAACUGCACAACACUACACUGGACAUAUGGAUUUCUGUCCAAUCUCUUUUCCACAAAGCCUUAAAGUUUGUUUUUUUUUUUUGUUUGUUUUGUUUUUUAAACAGGGGCACAUUACCAUCACAGGCUAUCAUUCUGUUGUUGUUGGUUAUAAUAUUUUUCUUUCUUUUAGAAACACAGCACACAUCUCAUGAUAAUGGAAGCAAUUCUGCUACAAGCUCUAUGUAUCCAGUCAUACCACAUCCUCUCAUGUAGCUGCUUUAUUUUUUACUUUGGGCUUACUUUCUUUUUUCUUUUUCUUUUUUUUUUUUUUUUUGGAUCAAGCCACUAAUUGUUGCUUUAAUAUGGUCAUUUGUUUUUCUCGUAGAAAAGCACACUUUGCUUUAUAAAUUUUAAAAUUUGGGUAUAAACAUAUGCAGUUGUUUUUGUUGUUGUUGUUGUUUGUUUGUUUUUUAAAUGCAUGGGGUAUGUGCAAGAUUAUUCUCUCUUUCUGCAUAUGAACACAUUUGUGAAACUUAAGGUGGUUUUUAAUGCUAAGUUUUCAUAAUUAAGCUAUUUAAAUAAAACAAUAUGAGAAAA